CCAAAGUCCAGCAAGCGGGUUUGCUAAAAUCACCAUUAGGACUGCUAUGUGGAGUUUAUGUCGUUCCAACGUUCUGCAUAAGACAUUGGUAGCACAGUUAAACACCUGCUGUAGGUUGCAAGCAAUGAAGACCGCUGGGAAAAACUUGCCGAAGGUUUAUAUCACUAGGCGAAUUCCUCCAGAUGGUUUGAAGGCCCUCCAGCAGGCUGGUAGCUGCGAGAUAGAACAAUGGGAUUCAGAUGAUCCGGUUCCACGUUCUGAACUUCUCAAAAAAGUCUCUGGAAUUCAUGCCUUGUAUUGUCUUUUAACAGAGAAGAUAGAUAAGGAAGUGCUGGAUGCUGCAGGUCCUAGCUUGACAGUGGUUAGUACUAUGUCGGUUGGAUAUGAUCAUUUAUCACUUGAAGAACUUAAAAACAGAGGGAUCCGUGUUGGAUUCACUCCAGAUGUUCUAACAGAAGCUGUGGCUGAACUUACCAUUGCACUACUCCUUGCUACAUCCCGAAGGCUUAUUGAGGCUGUAGAGGAAGCAAAGAAUGGUGGUUGGGGUACAUGGAAACCUCUCUGGAUGUGUGGUAGUGGCCUUACAGAAAGCACUGUUGGAAUCCUAGGCCUAGGAAGAAUAGGUGAAGCUAUUGUUAAUCGCUUGAGACCAUUUGGUGUCAACAAGUUCCUAUACAAUGAUAUUGCACCAAGAGAAGAAUUAGCUGCAAAGAUCUCUGUUGAUUUUGUUUCCUUGGAAGAGCUGGCGAAGCAGUCUGACUUUCUUAUUGUGUGCUGCGCUCUGACUCCUGAAACUCAAGGCAUGUGCAACAAACAGCUGUUCUCCAAAAUGAAAAGAAGUGCAGUGUUUAUUAAUACUAGCAGGGGUGCUGUAGUAAACCAGGAAGAUCUUUAUCAUGCCUUGGCGAGUGGGCAGAUAGCAUCUGCUGGUUUAGAUGUCACUGUCCCAGAGCCACUUCCUACUAACCAUCCGCUUUUCAAACUCAAGAACUGUGUCAUUCUUCCCCACAUUGCCAGUGCCACUGUGGAAACCCGGAAUGCCAUGGCUGCCCUUGCAGCCCACAAUUUAUUGGCCGGCCUGAAAGGGGAGGCAAUGCCAAAGGAACUGAAACUUUAAUCAAGCGAAGAAGAACAUAGCAAUAAGCAUAAUUGUCACUGAGAUCCUAAACACAGUAAACAGAUUCUUUUCUAACAAUUAUAAUAAAUUAAUUACUUGUCAAUAGUCCUAAUCUAGGAAAUGUUACUGUUUUAUACAGUUGUAUUCAAAGUGUUGCAUGCAGCUGUGUCCUUAAAAAUAAUAUUAUCAAUGUAAGUUGUGAUUGCCCAUGUUUCCAGCAUAACAAGUAUCAGACUAUGAUGAAAACACUAGCAUAAAUAGGGGCAAAUAAAUGCUUCUAUAUACGAAUACGAUUUGUCCAUUAAACAGUGCUAGCCAAAGUCAAAAUAACUGGAAAAGAGUGCAAGCAAAUCACGCAAUGUGAUUUAUGAUUAUUUAAGAGUUUCACCUAUAACCUUUUGAUUUUUUUUAGAUAUCUGUAUCUUUUUUUAAAUGUUCAGAUGUUCUGCUGUAACAUAAAAUCAUAUGCAUUAGUGUUCCUCAGAUAUUCUUUCAACUAGGAACUAUGUAACUACUUAUAUAUUACACCCGGGGGUCUACCAAAGCACUAUUUGAACCAACUCUAACAUUAUCAAGGGCAAGCAGAUGUAGGACACAGAGACCUGUGUGAGUAUAAUCAGGUCACCUCACACAGAUUCACAACCCUCUUAUUUAUCCACUUAGACCUGAUGCCCAACCUACAACAGUUUUACUUACAAGACGACCCAUUACCUGCCCUGAUCUUUAAUCUAAGCGUCACAUCUUCUGAGGGAGCGUGAAUGGUGGGAAGUAAAAAAAGUAGAGCAAAAUACUCUACUAAAUAAACAGAUCAACUGCUCCAUGCCCACUUAUAACUUGCCUGUACUAUUGCAUUUUUUUUGAGAACCCAAAAGUAUGUGACUUACUGCUGGACUCUACUAGGAGUAACUGCUUUAUUUAGUAACCCAUAUCAUUUUUCUGUGCAUCGUCACAUCUGUACAUCGGAGUAUUCUGUGAGGUUUAUCGACAGAUUGAUCUUAUGACCAAACUAACCUGCACACACACAAUUGUUAUCCUUGCUUCAUGCAACUCUUUCACUAAUCUGCAAAAUCUGUGGGUUGCAAGCUGUACAUUUCUUUUACACAAAUCCUGUUGCCGCUGUCACCUGUACCUAAACAUUAUUAUCUGAGAUUUAUUCCUAAAUAAAAUUUGUUAAUAAAUGUUGUUUAUCAGGUGCUGACUAGCUGUCUAUUAGCAUUUUAACAGAAUUUGGCAGAUACAGUACAUGUGAGUUUGACUGUAAAUUCAUGUUUGUAAGCAAAAAACAUCCCUGUCCCCUGCAUUUAGCUUAUGUUCUGUACUUUUUUUGUUAAAUAUAGGCAAAAGUAAACUCUGUAGAGUUCUAUAUACUGUUUUUAAAACAUUCUUACCAUCUAAAAGAGGUUUCCAUGUAUAAAAAAAUGUUCUAUGGAUUCUAGUCUAUGGGUUACUGAGAUGAUAUAAAGUUGCACUUGUACAGAAA